UGACAACGCAUAACUGUGUAUCUCAGCUGGGCCAGACGGUACGUAAGAGCUUAUGUGUGUGGGCUAAAUCUGACACGAAUUUAGACCACCCUCACUAUGGAUAGCGAUGACUUCGUCAUGUGGUCUGAGCCCUCGCCCAAGCCCGCGCCUGGCACAGGCACGAUUGUCGCCGACAACGACAGCGAUCGCAGGCAAGACCUCAGCAUCGGUGGGUGGUCCCACGGGCCCGCGCAUUCUGCUGAAGUGCUGA